AUGGCAAAGCAGCUGUUGGUUGAGCAUGGCUGGCAAACAAACAAGUGCUUGCCAUGCAGUUGGCAGCAAAACGGCAGAAGCCGAGUGAGCCAAGUAGAGGGUGGUUGGCGGCAAAUAGUUACAGGCCAAGCGGGAAGGCUUGCUGUUGAGGCAUGGGGUUUAAAGAACUAUACACAAAAGGAGGAAUAUUUUAGUAAAAUACUAACUACAAUUCUUGUUCCACCUUAUAUUGACAGUUCAGAAAUUGUUAGAAGGGCAUGGAAGCGAUACAAUUUAAGCUUAGGCCUUGGCCUGAAUAAAGUUGCUGGAAAGGUUUUCAGAAUAGGGCAUCUUGGUAACUUGAAUGAGGUGCAAUUGUUGGGUUGUCUGGCUGGUGUGGAGAUGAUACUUAAGGAUGUGGGAUACCCUGUUAAGCUGGGAAGUGGAGUAGCAGCAGCUUCGGCAUAUCUGCAGAAUAACAUUCCUAUGAUCCCUUCCAGGAUCUGAUGUCCAUCUUCCUGUGCAGCCACUUCUCUGUUAUUUUCUUUCGAAACUUGUAUAAAAUGGAUAAUCCCC